GAUGCCGAGGCUGCACGACGAGCUCAACAAUUGGAGAAGGAAAAAGAGCGCGUUACACAUCUAGAAGUUGGGCAAACUGCUUUGGCCUCCAAGGUGCAAGCUGCUGACCAGGAGAAAGCGGCACAAGCAGCACGAAUCGCACAACUGGAACAAGCAC